UGGGCGUGAUUAUGGGUGAUGAGAGCUCGCUCCUGCUUCAGUCCCAGUCAUCAUGACUACACCCACCUCCCGCAGACCAUGUUCCAUGUUUCUUUUAGAUAUAUCUUUGGAAUUCCUCCCCUGAUCCUUGUUUUGUUGCCUGUCACAUCAUCUGACUGCCACAUUAAAGAUAAAGAAGGUAAAGCAUAUGAGAGUGUGCUGAUGAUCAGCAUCGAUGAAUUGGACAAAAUGACUGGAACUGUAAGCAAUUGCCCAAAUAAUGAACCAAACUUUUUUAAAAAACAUCCAUGUGAUGAUGCAAAGGAAGCUGCUUUUUUAAACCGUGCUGCUCGCAAGUUGAAGCAAUUUCUUAAAAUGAAUAUCAGUGAAGAAUUCAAUAUCCACUUGCUAACAGUUUCCCAAGGCACACAGACGCUGGUGAACUGCACAAACAAGGAAGAAAAGAAUUUAAAGGAACAGAAAAAGAAUGAUCCAUGUUUCCUAAAGAGACUACUGAGAGAGAUAAAAACUUGUUGGAAUAAAAUUUUGAAGGGCAGUAUAUAAACAUAGGAUAUGUUAUUUGCAACCUCCAAGUACCUACCCGUUUAUACAUUUUGAGGAGCUGAAAUCCUUCCAGAAGUUGUUGGAUACCUCCUGGUCAAAUGACCAGAGCAACUGGGAAAACCACAAUGAGGUACUAGAAAUGGACACAAGCAAUGCAACUGAUUACUGCAGUAAGAAUUAUACAUAUGGACAGAUAUUAUCUGUACUGACGUUGUAAAGCAAUCAUGUCAUCUGCAAUACUUUUUAAACCUUCACACAUUUUUCAGAAGAUAUCAAAUCCACAAAAACAAAGCCUACAAGUAUUCGAAGUCACCAUUGUUUUAAAAGAAAAAUGAUGUUCUGGCCCACUGUGCAUCUAUGAAUCAAAUGAAGAGUGAAACUGUCAUCUUGUAAGCUAGAGAUGCUGGGGGAGGGGGACUCACAGUGAUGGAUAUUGUUCAUGAAAACUAGUCAUAUCUCAAAGCAGUGGCAGCAAGAAAAGCUUAAGGCACUUAAGACAGAUAUCAAGAAAUGUAGUUCAACAUGAAUGUAUAACACGUAUCUUCAGUAAAGAGCAUAGCACAUCUUUUUAAAUAAAAGAAUUUUUAAAGAUAGAAAUUCACUUAGUCCAAAGACACUGAAACUUAGUAUUCAGUCACUAUUGCCAUUUAUGUAUACUAAGGCUUCUGUAACUGAAUUUUCAAUUUGGGAAGUAUAUUUUGAAGAUAAUAAUAUAUGUUAGACUUUUAAUUAAUGUAUAUAUUUAAUUUUGACAUUAUCUAUAUAUAAGAUAUUUUCAUACAGUACUAUCAAUCUCCUACUUUGAAUAGUUUCUCUUUUUAAAAUAAAUGACCUAUGUGUUGACACUGUCAGGCUCACUUAAUCUCGAGUGUUCACUGCUGCACUGCCAUUUGAUCCUACUUUCAUUCAACACCUAUCCUGUAACACAUUAGUCCUAAGAAUAGACCAAAGACUGAGUCCCUACAACUAUGUUAAUAGAAGAAACAGCAAUUUCUUGUUUUACAAUAGUGCCUCAUUUGUACCUAAGGCGAGCCUUGGACUUCUAAUGCUCCUGCCUCAGCUUCCCAAGUUCUGGGAUUGCAGACAUGAGCCGACAUGCUCAGCUAGGAACAAUAUUUUUGUUUCGUUAAAUUUCUGCCGUUUCAAAGACACCCAUGUAUAUCCUAUGUAUAUAACUGUUUAAAUACUUUCGUGGUCUGCAGUCGUCAUUCAGUUGUAAGGGAGAGGAACACUACCCUGCAGAGGCCAAAUUUCUGAGAUGACAGUUUGCCUGGGCUGAGCUCACAUUCUGCUGCUCUGAUCAGCCACUUCAGCAUGUAGCUAUAUGUUAGAUGUUUGUAUGUGAUCUCCACCCACUCCAUUGACAUUCCAUGUGGGGUGACAACGGCUUCUUGCUCCUCCUCUUCCCCAACCCAUAUGGAGUUCAUCCUCAAUGGUACAGAUAGCUGGCAUUAGCAUAGUUUUAAGAGAAGAAUUAAUUGUUUAAAGUUUGUUUCACAACCACUGUUUCUCAUUAAAAAAAAAACAAAAACAAAAACAGUUCUCUCAAGUUGUCAGGAGCAAAUGAUACUUUAAGAAAUUUAUUCCCUUUAUCGAACUUUGCUAAGUGGGUUACGUUUCCACGAUAAAAUAGCAGUCCUCUACCUUGAAGAACUGGUAGAAAGUGUAAGCCAUUUGCACCUAAAGGUAAACUCUACGCCCGCAAAACAUCUGUAAUGCUCCUUAUCAGUACUGAAAAAUAUUCUGAUUGUGGCAAAAUAAAGGAAAAUAUUUCAAAUGCUUAUUGAAAGCUAUUAAAAAUUCCUUCCUAGAUUUUUACUCAUUUAUUCAUGAAAGACUUGAAGUGUAGGCAAAAUUCUUGCUCUAACAGUUCAUUCAACAUGUGUACUAAAUGCUUAACAAAUUAUGUUGUGCUUUUAUGUUGUGCUUCCAUCAUUGCUUCCUAACUACUAGCAACAGAGGCAAAGGAGUCUGGCCAAUGAGCACCUAGAGUACAUUUGCAUCUAACCCCACAACUGUAGGCUUGUCUUUAUGAAUCUUUUUAGCCAAAUAUGUAUGCAAAUGCUUUUAAUGUUUAUUUUUUAUUUUUUAAAACAAUCUUAUUUUACAUAUCAAUCCCAAUUCCCUCCCAUCCUCCCAUUU